UAGAUAGAUAGAUAGAUAGAUAGAUAGAUAUUGCAUUUAUAUAGUGGCAUUUCUUCUUUUAGAUGGAAUACAUGGGGUAAACAUAUUUAUAAAAUUAUAAAUAAUUUUUUGUACGUCUGUCAUGAAGCGUCGUAACAAAUGUUCUUCCUCUCUUAGGUAAUGUGGUCAAUGGAUCUUCCUCUGGAACUGUGCCUAGAGCUGCAGCCCAAGGCCCCAGUGGUAAUGUCGCCAAUGGAUCUCCCUCUGGAAAUAUGCCUAAAGCUGCAACCCAAGGUCCCAAAGGUACUGCCGCUGCAAGCAGUCAUGCCCCAGGUCCUUCGGGGUACAGGCCCGCACCUCGCCGACGUCCUGUGCAACCCGACAAGUACAUGAGACUGCUGUUUUCUACGGACGGUAACGACAACGACAUCUCUGACUCUGAAUUUGUUCUGGACAGUGACAGUGACAGUGACAGUGACAGUGACAGUGACUUUGACAGUGACAGUGAAAGUGACAGGGACAAUGAACUGCGUGAAGGUGAGGAUGACCACCGGAACAGAGAAGUGCCGUUGCCUGAGACCCCAGACUUCUCAUUUGCUUGGUCAGAAGGGUCAGACUUCGUACCUGACCUGCACGAGUUUUGCUCUGACAGGAGUGGCGUGACGAGAGACUGGCCUUGCAACGACCAGUCAAAUGAGUGA